AUGAAAACAAGACACAAGUAUCAUGUCAAAUGGCCAAAUGUGCUGUGGCACAUCAAUGGCUACUACAAGCUGAUCCAGUGGGGAAUCAUCAUUCAUGGGUUUAUUGAUGGCUUUUGCCACACAGUACAUCUAUCACCUACUCAAGUUCAUCACAUUUGUUGA